AUGGAUGGUAGGCUUCACCGAAGCUUACUGCGCGAACUGAAACAGAAUGGGUCUGGGCGAGUCUGUUCUGUUCAUCUCCUGGGUAGGCCUGUAUCAGUAGAGAGAGUUUCAGACUGUAUAGGGCUCCUGCCCCGGCGAGGUUGCAGAACAGACAUUCCAUUCUUUGCUUUCCCAGAACUGACUGACCUCUCUGGUCGGAUGUUACAGUCUCUCCCUCAGGGGCAAUGGACAAAGGACGAUCCCCGCAACCUAUUUAAAGGCGCGGUCUGCGUCCAUAGUGAAUCUGAGAGAGAGGUACGAAAGAAAUCCCAGAGUUUGAUCUCUGAAAGUAAUUGGAGUCAGACAACGGUGGCGAGUACAGCAGUGAAGCCAUCAAGGAAUACUGCGCUGACCUCUUCUCGAAUCAAAAUCCGUGCUUCUCCUGUGAGCGAGUCCGAAGUGGACUGCUUGCUUUCAAGAGAGAAGAGUUAUGCCAGUGAAUCACUUUGUUUUUCACCUUUAGGCGAAGUGUCCAUUCCGGGUCCGAAGGAGAUGAGCUGCGUAGCGUUGAAGGGUACGAGGGAAUCCCUCCCGUACCUCCCCGCGAUUUCCUUACCAACUGAAGUCAACGGAACCUUAGCCGAUAUGGCUCUGAUACCACCGGAAAAGCAUUACCUACGAAAGAAGGAAGAGCAUUCAAAUCUCAAAAUGUCCCCACUCAUUGAUUAG